AAGCAUCCGUUUAAGGUAAUGCGAUCAUUAGUGAAGAGCUGGCAGUCAUGCCCACCCCCAAGCGGCUCGGUUCCUACGCACCCUUUUCUCCGCCCCCAACACAAGUCAACCACACAACCCACCUCCACUCACCUCUUCGCUUGCCCUUUCCAUGGCUGUCCCCUUCCCCGUCUUCGCUUCUGCCACCACCGCCACAACCUCCCACCAAUCCCUUUCUCUUUCCGUCUACCCCCGUUCCUUCCCCAGAACAAAUUUCAAUGUUGUUUCCUCCUCCUCUUCGCGCCCUUCCAUCCGUGUGAAUUCUGCCGCUUCUCCCUCUGUGGAGGCGGCCACCGCCGUCGACUCUGAUCGGGCUGCCGCCUCAGAUUCUCGGUCUAAAGCCUUGCCGUUUCGGAUUGGACAUGGGUUCGAUCUCCAUAGGUUGGAGCCUGGGUAUCCUUUGAUUAUUGGGGGAAUUAAUAUUCCCCAUGACAGAGGCUGCGAGGCUCAUUCUGAUGGGGAUGUUCUACUUCACUGUGUGGUUGAUGCAAUUUUGGGUGCUUUGGGGCUUCCUGAUAUUGGACAAAUCUUUCCAGAUUCAGAUCCCAAAUGGAAGGGUGCCCCUUCAUCUGUUUUCAUUAAAGAAGCUGUGAGACUGAUGCAUGACGCAGGUUAUGAGAUAGGAAACUUGGAUGCCACAUUGAUACUCCAAAGACCAAAGCUUAGCCCUCACAAGGAAGCUAUCCGAGCAAACCUCUCCGAUCUUCUGGGAGCUGACCCAUCUGUCGUGAAUCUGAAGGCAAAAACGCACGAGAAGGUCGACAGCCUCGGCGAAAACCGAAGCAUUGCUGCCCAUACGGUGGUCCUCCUAAUGAGGAGAUAGAACCCCUACCAUUACUGCUGCUGCUUUGUUAGUGUAAUAGCAACAACACUGCUCCAUUUCAAGUGGAAUAUGCUUUAGUGUCAAUACUUUGAAUCUCCCCUCCCUUCCACAGUUAAACGUUUUAAUCAUUCAACAACGUUAAAAUGAAAAUGAUAUGGUCAA